UUUAUUCUAAUGAACAUUGUUUUUAUUGACUGAAUCUAUUACAUUGGAUGUCCUUGAAAAACUCGUGUUAAAACACACCUGUACAUAUUUUCUUUUAAAACAUCAAUUUUUAAACAUGAUAAAUGACUCGCAAUUAUUUUGGGUGUGUUUACUAUUGUUAUUUCCAGUUACUUUUGCUGUAGAACCAUUGCCACCUCGAAACUUAGCAAAACAAACGAAUACAGAUUGUACUGGACUUAUUGCAUUCUCAGCUUCUGGUAGUGGUGCAGUUCUUCCAACUGGAAUUGUGACUUACAAACAUGGUUUGGUUAAUUUAUCAUCAUCAUGGGAUAAAGAAUUAGGAGUAUUUACUGUAGCUUGUGCUGGUUUGUACCAAUUUUCAUUUUCGGCAUAUACUGAAAAUAACGUUAGAAUGAUAUUACAAAAAAGAUCUUUUAAUGCUAAACAAUGGGUACCUAUAAUAUCUACAUCUAAUGGAGGAGGGUCAGUCACAAUAUUGGUUGAAGUCAACAGUGGUGAUCAAGUUGCUGUUUUUAUUAGUAAAAUGCCAUAUACUUUGCAAACGAAUCUUGAACAUUUAGCAGAUGUUACAUCAUUUAAUGCAUAUAGAAUAGCAAAGACAUGAACAGUAUAUAAUGAAUAAUCAAUCGUUAAUUUGAAAUAUUCAAAAAAUAAGAUUUAAGUUAAGAAUAUUUAAAAAAUAAACAAUAAUUAAAAUUA